AUGAAUAGAAAAAAUCAAAAUAUGAUAAGAAGCGCAAAUACUCGCAAUAAAAGAAAUGAACUAAAUGAUGAACAAAAGUUAGAAAUAAAGGAAGCCUUUGACCUUUUUGAUACAAAUGGAACUGGCAGAAUUGAUGCAAAGGAAUUAAAAGUGGCCAUGAGAGCCUUGGGUUUCGAGCCAAAAAAGGAAGAUAUACGAAAAAUAAUAUCUGAUGUUGAUAAAGACGGAUCAGGUACUAUAGAUUUCAAUGAUUUCUUGGAUAUAAUGACAAUAAAAAUGAGUGAAAGAGAUCCAAAGGAAGAAAUAUUGAAAGCCUUUAGGUUAUUUGAUGAUGAUGAAACUGGAAAGAUAUCCUUCAAAAAUUUAAAGCGUGUUGCCAAGGAGCUUGGCGAAAAUAUAACUGACGAGGAAAUCCAAGAGAUGAUUGAUGAAGCAGAUCGAGAUGGAGAUGGGGAAAUAAAUGAAGAAGAAUUUAUGAGGAUUAUGAAGAAAACAAAUUUAUUCUAA